AUGGAUUUUACGCUCGAUCUAAAAACGUUUCACCGUGAUCGGUCAAGGAACAUUAAGACCACGAAAGAUCCAGCGACAACGGAUUCCACGAGCGAGGAUAAAGCGGACCAAUCCGGCUGCAAAUUGGCUCCUUUGAUCAGUCUGGAAAAGAAGGAGAGCCCCGUGAAUCCGUACAAUCGAGCGGACUGGACGAAAAUGAACUCGAAAUGGCCGCUUCCGGACACGGAUGACAAUGAGAUCAGCGCUGUAAACAGUCUACCGCAGCUUGACUGCGGCGCAUUCCCGAAAUCGUACAUGGACACGUGUUCCUGCUGUCCUCGGGAGACCUUUGGCAAGCACGACACAGACGCGUUCGCCAACUACAGGAGCAUCGUUCUCAAAGACGAUGGCUGCUGCAAAGCCCAUUGGGCGAGGAAAGAGUGUUACGAGCGAAUCAAGGCGAAAGUGAACAGAGCCGUAAAGAGGCACAAAAUAUUUUUGAUACGCGGCGAGUUGCCAAAAUUGAAGGAAGCUUUGGAGCGAAGGGGUUGGGUGCAGAAAUACGAAGCCACAAAAACAAGAACUCUACCUUACGGUAGCGCAGCGAGCUUAGAGGCAAGAUCAUUAGGCGAUCUAACCCAACCGGACGGAACGUUAAACGAGAAAGCAGUGAUUUUCGCUUUACUACGUCACAAACUGCCGGACUUUAUAUGGGACUGCCGAAACGACUUUGUCGACUGGCACCGUGGCCUGAGCAGCAAUACCCUCCUCAACAGAUAUCAGAAACCUUCGGUUUACACUUCCAAGUUAGGAAUGGCUCGUAUACUGGAAGAGGCUCACUGGUUGUACGAGAAGAACGUGUCGGGCGUGCUAUUCCCUCGAAGUUACAACCUCAGCAGAGAACCGAAAGCUUUCCUCGAGGAUUUUCGACUGACCGCCACCGCCGGCCUGUUAAAGUGGUUCGUACAAAGAAUGCAAGACGACCCGGAGAACACGUCGGACCCGGGACAUCGUACGAUUCCAAUGAGCCGACUGGAAUUCGCCAUAAAACGGUGCGAGGAAUUUAUUGCUUGCGCGAACCAUAAGAACAUAGAUGAAGACUUUGUCACCGAGCUUUCGGAGGAAGAAUGGAAUUCCUUUUUGGAGGAUUACGCCACGGCCGUUCACGAAGGAGGCGGAAUCGAAAAUACGUCGGAGAAGGGUCAAGAGUAUCUACAAAAGUUUAUCGAGGCAGCAAAAUCGACCCUGUCGAAAUUGAAGGAGGUCGAUCCGCAGUACGAACUGAACGGAAUGCGAAAUACGUGGAUCCUGAAGCCGAGCGAACUUUGUUGCGGCACCGGGAUUAGUAUUUCCCACAACUUGAGAGACAUAUUCCGGAAGGUAAAAAGUCGACCGAAGGAUUACUUCAUCGUACAGAAAUACAUCGAACGUCCCCUAUUGAUUCACGAUACGAAGUUCGACAUCAGGCAGUGGUACCUGGUCACUAGCACGUUUCCCAUGACGAUAUGGUUAUACAAGGAGGGACUGCUUCGGUUCAGCUCGAAGCCCUACACUUUCUCAACUUAUCACGAGGCGAUUCAUAUCUGCAAUACCGCCAUUCAGGAGAAGUACGACGAGGAGAGACGGAGAAGAAGGAAGCGUGGAAAUUCGGAGGAAGUCGUAAAAUCGGUUCGCGAUCAGGGAUGGGACUGCGAGAAGCUGAACGAAUAUUUAAAGCAAAUGGGACUCGAGGGCGAACCGUAUUACGACCGGAUUUACCCGAAAAUGUCGGAAGCUAUAGUUCUGACGAUGUUGGCCUCCCAAGAACACAUGGACAGGCGACGUUGCAGCUUCGAGCUGUACGGAGCCGAUUUCGUCGUGAUGGAGGACCUUUCCGUCUGGUUGAUCGAGAUCAACACUAACCCUAGGAUGCACCCACCUAGUUCGAGAAUUACCAAACGCCUCUAUUCCGGUGUCCUCCAGAGCUUGGUUAAAGUGGUAAUGGACGUACCCAUGAACGAGGCCGCUGACACGGGCGGAUUCAGUCUCGUCUACAAGCAAAAUAUACCCGACUUCCACCCUUAUCUCGGUCCCUGCCUCUUCGUGUUUGGCAAGUCGAUAACGCUGCAAGAGCAGCCGCGUAAACGCGACAAGAAAAAGGGAAAGACGAACAGCUGGGCCAAGCAGCAGCAACAGCAGCAACAGCAUCACCGUGCUUGGACCGCCCCACCUAUGAUACCGCGAUUGAGAGAACCGAAAAUAAUCGACUUUAUCGACUACUUGAACACCGCCAGGGCUGUCAAUUAA